GUUAAAUAUCGAUAGAAUUAGUCUCAUUGAAUGGUGCUACAAUAAGUGAUAUAUAUUCAGAUAGAAGAUUUAUGCCUGAUUAAAAUAUUCCAAAAACUUAAAACAGAGAGUAGAUAAAUAUUCUUUUUGUCUUAUUUUUCCAGAAUUAGGAUUAACCUACUUAAUUUAGAGGCAUAGUACUUUCUAAACACUUAUUCUUUUCAUUUAGUAUAGAAUUUAGAGUAUCUUGUUUACUUGAUGAUGCAAAUAAAGUAAUAGUACACAUGUGAGAAGAUGAGAUGAUAGUCAAAGAAUAAGAAUUAUAAAAUAGAAAAUGUAAAUAAGACGUGUAUUCUUAAAUUAAAUGAC